GAGCUCACGACACUCUGCCAGCCCGGUUGUUUUUACCAGUGCCAGAAGCUCACCUAAAGAAGAGCUUCACUCUGCUACUUCUCCCCAGCUCGCACCUUCUUUCUCCUCCUCCUCCUCCUCAUCUGGUCCUAGGACUUUCUACCCUCGCCAGGGUGCUACUAGCAAGUAUCUGAUCGGAUGGAAAAAGCCAGAAGGGACAAUAAACUCAGUGGGGUUUAUGGACUCAAGAAAGCGUCACCAGAGCGAUGGCAGUGAAAUGGCCCACCCUCGGCUGCGGGCUUCAGCAAGAGAUCUACGAGCAUCACCAAAACGAGCAUCCAAGUCCACUGUUGAAGAAGAGCUGAAGAAAUUGAUAGAUCUCGAUAGCCCAACACCUGAAUCCCAGAAGAAUUUUAAGUCACACACUCUGUCCUGUCAGUCUCCCUUUCCCAGCACUCCUACCACAAGGCGUGCCUUGCAAAGGACUUUGUCAGAUGAGAGUAUUUACAGUGGCCAAAGGGACCACUUCUUCACCUCGCGAGCCUCGCUCUUGGACCAAGCCAUGCCAAAUGAUGUACUGUUCACCAGCACCUACCCUUCUCUCCCAAAGUCACUGCCGUUACGGAGACCAUCGUACACUUUGGGAAUGAAGUCACUACAUGGAGAGUUUUCUGCCUCAGACAGCUCCCUCACUGAUAUCCAGGAGCAAAGACGGCAGCCCAUGCCAGACCCUGGUCUUAUGCCAUUGCCUGAUUCUGCCUCUGAUCUGGACUGGUCAAACUUGGUAGAUGCUGCCAAAGCUUUUGAAGUUCAGCGAGCUUCCUUCUUUGCUGCUGCUGAUGAAAAUCACAGACCUGUGAGCGCCGCCUCCAGUAGUGAUCAGGCUGAGGACCAGCUGACUGCACAGAUAAAGCCUUACACAGGUAAAGAAUCUCCUCCAACUCUUGCUUCUAAAGUGGACCAACUGGAAGGUUUGCUGAAGAUGCUGCAAGAGGAUUUACGGAAGGAAAAAGAGGACAAGGCCAGUCUUCAGGCUGAAGUGCAACAUUUACGGGAAGACAACUUGAGGUUACAGGAGGAAUCCCAGAACGCGACUGAGAAACUGAAGAAGUUCACCGAAUGGGUUUUCAACACAAUUGAUAUGAACUGAGAACAGCGUACGGGGAAGGAAACUUAUCUGUUAUGAAUAUUAUUACUGGGACUUAAGCUUUAAUGCCACCUUAUCAUGACAUGUGAAAGUAUAGUCAGAGCACUUCCCUGUCCUCCAUCCUCCAAUAACCCUUUUUUGCAUCUCUGCGUGCACUCAGAACGAUUGCAGAUUAACAAUCAAUGUCUGCCUUUUGUAGAAAAAAAAACACAAAGUAAAUAAUUUUAAAAAGGUAAAAUAAAAGUUUAACUGCUAAAA